AUGCCGCAUGCUAUCUACCCUCACACUUUGACCAUGGCGCGGCCUGGUUCACCAUCUCUGGGAUUCAUAACCAUUCCACGAGGUCAAUCAGUCAGUGACUGUCCAAAGAGUGCCAUCAUAAUCUCGCCAAAGACCGAGCGCAUCAUAUGUACGAGAGAAGAAGACUUCCGGAGAUGGACUUGGAGCGAGGUCAAGGAAGCCAUCAGAAUCAACCGUAUCGACCUGUUUCAACGUACGCCGACCGACCUGAUACGAUACGUUGAGUUUGUCCACUACCUCAAGAAGACAUUUGGGUCCGUCCUCCACUUCAUCCAGCACGAAAGACUGCACUGGCCAUCUGUCCAACCCUCUGGUCAAGCGCCGUUCGAGAACCCCACCGACUACAAGAUCCUCUACAAUGACUGGCCAUACGGCAUUGACCUUGAUAUUGUCCAUCUUGUGGUUUGGACCAAAUUCGAACUCGAAGACGAUGUCACUACCAAUGAUCUCAGCCAAGAAUCGAGAGCGCUGAUCGAUGCAUUUGUGCAAAAGACCUUCUGCGGGAAAAAUGGCGUGUCACGGGAUAGUCUCAUCUGGUUCAAGAACUGGAAGUCUCUCAAGAGUGUGCAUGCUUUGGAGCACUUCCAUGUCAUGUUAUACAAGCCGGAUCAGGAGUUUUUGAGAAGAAUCACUGGGGGAGACGUGGCCAUUUCUGAGAAGCUGAAAAGCUGA